CGCUCCACCUCGUGCCACUAUGUGACUCGCUCAGCGGAAACCAGGGCCAAGCGCUGAAGCGAAAAUACGACGCUGGACGCUGAAAACGAAGCCUACGCCGAACUCUUCAAUCUCAUAGAGACAGGGCCAGACGAUGAGUCGCUCGAGAUCCUGCGCCGCAUCAAGAUGGGAACUGACGUCAAGGAUGUACUCAGGCGUAUCAAAGAGGCAGACUUGUUCAUGCAGCUCAAUCCGUCAAAUCCGGACCCGGAUGUCAAGCACCAGUAUACCCUCCCGCUCGUCUCAGGAACUCCUGCCCACUUGCUCAACCCGGACCCAGAGUACUACCAAGCCUUAUCGGUAGUUGAGCCCGCUACUGCCGCUGCCGCUGCCGCUACCGAUGCCGAGCAGAGCAAGGACACUUCCUUAGCUGAUUGUUGAACGUCAUCCCAAGAGAGAAAAAUAAAAAAGUUUGCAUACAACUGGCGGCCGAAACAACACCGUUUCCAACUUGAUGUACAGCUUUCUUCCACUGGACACCGAGGGAAAGCGUGAUCCUUACAACCGUUUUUUAAGGGAGCCAUUUCUCUGCACACCCUAGUGGAAUUUAUAAUACCAGUGGCUUUUUUUUUAAAUCUUCAGACGGAAGUCUUUUAUGAAAAAUGGAGUCGAGAGGAAAGGAUGAAGAGAG